GUCUUCAGCUUGCAGUUGGGUAACACUCGUCUCUUAGCAAAGAUGUGGACGUUCGUGACGACGGCUUUAGCCAUCUUGGCGGUUACCCCUACACAGGCCGGUGAUCUUCUUCGAAGACCGAAUGCAAACAUAAUCCUGAAGCAAGACUUCCAAGGACCGAGAGGUUCCUUUGUUACUCAAAUAGGCGAUAGCCCCGUUUUGGGUCCAGACAACACUGGCCGAGGUAGUAGUGGUCGGGUAUUUGGUUCAGGUGUCGACAAUGACCUGGUUUUUGACUCUGGCGUCGGCAGUGGUCGUGUCUUUGGCUCUAAAUCAGGUGUUGGUAGUGGCCCGGUAUUUGAUACAGGAUCUGGGGUCGGCAGUGGUCAGGGCUUUGGUUUAGGUGUCGGCAGUGGUCGGGUCAGUGGUUCUAGAUCAGGUGUGGGCAGUGGCCCGGUAUUUGGUACAGGAUCUGGGGUCGGCAGUGGUCGGGUCAGUGGUUCUAGAUCAGGUGUCGGCAGUGGCCCGGUAUUUGGUACAGGAUUUGGGGUCGGCAGUGGUCGGGUCAGUGGUUCUAGAUCAGGUGUCGGCAAUGGCCCGGUAUUUGGUACAGGAUCUGGGGUCGGCAGUGGUCGGGUCAGUGGUUCUAGAUCAGGUGUCGGCAGUGGCCCGGUAUUUGGUACAGGAUUUGGGGUCGGCAGUGGUCGCGUCUUUGGUUCUGGAUCUAGUGUCGGCAGUGCCCCGAUCUUUGGGGCAGGUGUCGGCAGUGCCCCGAUCUUUGGGACAGGUGUCGGCAGUGGCCCGAUCUUUGGGACAGGUGUCGGCAGUGGCCCGGUCUUUGGUUCAGGAUUCGGCAGUGAUCAGGUCAGGGAAGUGGAAGCCUUAAUCACGCCUACUGUCACCCAGACUGUUACACUGGACAGGUUCGUGACUUUGACUGACCUGGCCUUCCACAGCGUGGCGGUGACCCUGACUGACCUCCGAUUACAGACCAUCACGGUCGGGACACGCGCGGUGGUACAAACUCCCGUCGACGACCACGUCGCCCUCCAGACCACGGUAGUUGUCAGGCCUACUUCGGUCAUCGUCACUUGUGUUAAGUCUGACUUCAAGAUGGUGACUGACGUGGCUGUAGACCACGUCACCAUCACCCACACCUCCUACGUCAUCUACCAGACCACCAUCACCACCCUCAUCACACAGGCCCUGACCUACACCUCCACACUGGUACGGACGAUCAUCAACACUCAAAGAACAACCUUGACUGACCUCCGCACAGUGACAGACACCGUGUUCGAGCACGGUACCUAUGGUACUCCCGUCUAGUGCCCUCGCAGCGUCCACUAAUGCCAUCCUUAUUAACUGGUCCCUUGUACACCAGAAUUUAAAUUAUAAUGUUAUAUUGUGUACAUAGAAGCCUUAUUUAAUAAAACUUACA